GUGCCAUAACAGGAGGUCUGGAGAUCUGCAUCACUUUCCCCACCGAGUACGUGAAGACACAGCUGCAGCUGGACGAGAAGUCCGGAGCUCAGAAACGCUACAAGGGUCCCGUGGACUGUGUCAAGGUCACUGUCAGGGAACAUGGCGUCCGUGGGUUGUACAGGGGACUCAGUGUUCUGCUCUACGGCUCCAUACCCAAGUCCGCCGUCAGAUUCGGCUCUUUCGAAGAAUUCAAGAAACAACUGGUCGGUGCUAACGGAACCCUGAAUGGUCAACAGCGGUUGUUAUGUGGCUUAGGGGCGGGUGUGUCAGAAGCCAUUUUCGCAGUGACCCCCAUGGAGACGGUCAAAGUGAAGUUCAUCAACGACCAGACGUCGGCCAAGCCACGCUUCAAAGGUUUCUUCCACGGUGUGCGGGUCAUCGUAGCGGAUUUCUACAAGGGCACCGUACCGCGGCUGAGCCGUGUGACGCUGGACGUGGCUAUCACCUUCAUGAUCUACGACAACUUCAUGCACUUCUUCAACAAGGUGUGGAAAACCUAAGAGCCUCUCUCUCGGAGACUUUAGGAAUACCACAUGAUAGCAAUCUUUUUUUUCUUCUUCCCCCCCAUAGUUGUAUGUUUUUGCUGGCGUUUUUUUAAAAACAGAAUGACAGAUUAUGAGAUAGUUUGUAUCACGAGGGAUGUUUUUUUAAAAACAAAGUGACAGAUUAUGAGAUAGUUUGUAUCACGAGGGAUGUUCUUUUUUUUGCGGUUUGUUGGAUGACAAUGUUUCCUGGCGUACAGGCCUACUGAGUUUGUAUAAAUUACAAUUAUGUAGCCAUAAUUUUCCAUCGAUUUUUAUUCGUUUGCCUUUAUGCAAUAACUGCCUGCUUGAUUGUGUAUGCUUUAUUCCUCAAUUUUACAUUCGCAAUUUUAUUCUCCGUCUAUGUGCCAGGUGAACUGGCGCCAUGUUGUUGUUGUUUACUCGACACGUUGACCUUGUGAUAAGUUUUGUUCAAGUUCAUUUGGUGUCGUUAAUAUGAAGUUCACUUUCAGAAUUAAGAUAACAUAAGAUAAGGUAAUAUUUUAUUAUCCCAGAGGGACAUUUUUCUUGGCUGUGCAGGACGGUAAAAACUCAUGCAGGUAUACAUGAAAAAUUUAAAUUAUAUAUCACUCUCAUUAAAAUUCAAUAUGAAAAGAGAAGUAAGCCUGACAAAAUGUACAUUCACAUCAAAUGCAUCAUUCAACCACGUGCAGGAAUUUUAUUACAAUUAUUGAAAACUACAGCGGGGAUCUGCCGAUUGGAGGUGUAGUAUUGACAAACUGUGUGAGUUAACCAAAAAAAACGAACUAUCUAUCGGUAAUUAAUAGGCAUCUUUUUAAUACUUUGCCACCUCGUUUCGCCAAUUGGCGAUGUUUACCGCCCAGUUUCUUUUGAUUUUCCCCAAAAUAUGAUGGCAAAGUGUUAAACAAAAGAAAGUAUGACAUGUUGUUAAAGUUGAAGGGCACAGUAUGAUAGUAUGUAUGGGACAGUAUUAUACGUUUUCAUAUAUAUAUAUAAAAUAAUAUUCCUCCUGCUGAACCAUCCAUCCAGGCCCUGUUCUGCAUCAGAACAAGAUUCCUCGGUGUCUUGAGUGUUUUGCGUUAAUAAUAAUGGUCGGUGCUGACCUACGGUUACCGCAGUGCUCAAAAUGGAACUUUUAUUCAUCAUUUCUUUUUUUUUUUUAUUUUUUUUAAAUGACAGACAGAAGUGAGAAGGGUGGGGGAGUUAGGAUCUACUAAAUCCCCAUUACAUACAGAACGUUAUCAUGCUUAGUUUUUGUUUUUGAAAUGUUUUUUUUGCAUGUUUUUGUGAUAUUCAGAAGACAAAUCUUAUGUUUUGAUUGAGAUUGUGGUGUGUGGGAAAAAAAUGUAUGUGGGAAAAAUUGUUGUGGCAAAAUCUCAACGUCUUUGGAACUGCCAAAAUUGAAGUUGUAGACAUCACUGGUAGCUCCUCUCUGAAGAUGCCAUUUUCUAGAUGUGUGUGUGUGUGGUGUAUUUAUACAUACUUGCAUAAAUGUUUGUGUAUAUAUAAUAUGUACGCACACAUGUAUUCAUACUUAUAUGCUCAGAAUAACGAGUAAUAAUAUUAUAGAGAAGGCGGUGACAUUUUAGAAAAAA